AUGACUGGCAAAGAUGCGAUUGAAACUAAAGCCAAAGAUCAAGCUCAUCUGAACAGACCAUGGAAUGCAUCACUCUUUGGUUGUUUUGACGAUAUGAAGGUUUGUUGUUGUGGUUUUUGGUGUUUACCAUGUUUAUUUGGUCAAAACGUUGAAAAAAUUGAUGGAAGUAGCUGUGUUGGAUGUGGUCUAGCAUAUUUUGCAGCAGGUUGUUGUUAUUUAUGUUGGGUUCCACAUAUGAUGAAAAGAAAAGUAUUACGCGAAAAAUAUCAAUUGAAACCUGAGCCAUGCCAUGAUUGUCUUGUGGCUACUUGUUGUGGGCCAUGUGGUGUUUGUCAAGAAGCUCGAGAAAUCAAAGCGAAAAGUGCACCCUCAGGACCAAUUGGUAUACCUAUACGUAGUCAACCAGUGGCUUAUCAAAGAUAA